AUGUUUGGCAUGGAGCUCAACAGAACUGAACUUCCGCAUAUACCGUUAACAAAAACAUCCGUUGUUUCUUAUCCUCAUCAGUCAAUAGAUUAUAUAAAAGAAAUACCAAAAUGUGACCGACAGAGCUUGGUUGAAUGGAGAUUAGGUGUUCAGGAAUCUAUUACUAUCGGAAUCCUUGAGAAAAUUUCACUUUUAAAGGCUGAUAUGAUUGAACAUCUGAAAAAGUCAAACUUCUUGGAGCAUGAACAGAAGUCCCAGAAGGAUAUUCUUAUCAAUGAAAUCAAAACCCUACUUCAGAGUAUUGAAAAAAUAGAUGUAGAAGUUCGUAAUUUUGAAGAAAAUGUACGAGAUAAAUGGUCAACAGUGAAAGAUGCGGCUGUUAAUCUAAAAAAUUUAGAAAAUCAUCAUUUAACUAGUUUAACGGAUGUAAGAGGUCGUAUAACACGUUGUGACCAAGCAAUAUCGACACUAUCGCUAAGAACAAAUCAAACAAUUGAAGAUGUACGUCAAUUGGUAGAUACUCAUAAACACGAUCUGAACGAGUUGAAUGGUAAUAUUAAACUACAUGAACAUAAAUUUGCUGAAAUUGCAAAUCAAAUUGAUCGUGAUAAUGUUAAAUUUAGUUCUUCUAUUCAACGUGUAGAAGAAACUUUAUGUAAACAGAUAGUUGAUGUCGAGAGGCGUGUACAACAAAAAAUUGGUGAAUUACAAAAUGAAAUUCAAAUAGCUAUUCAAAAGUGUCAAGAAGAAAAACGAGUCUUAGAAUCACAUUUGUUUGAUAGUAUACACACAGUGGCAGCAAAUCUUGAAAAUCGUGUUGCACUUCUUGAAGAGAAAACGAAUGAAUUGAAAAUUGACGAAGAAUUAUACGAUCGAGUUGACAUUGUUGAAACAAAUUCAUCGAAUUUCAAACAACAAGUUUUAAGAACUUUCAAGGAAAUCGAAGCUCGGAUGAAUAAACUUUCGGAUGAUUUAUAUGAACAUCAUCGUCAAACUAUUGAAGCAGUCCGUGAAGAAAUGCGUGAAGGUUUUCAUACAAUGCAUGAUACGUUAACUAGUGCAAAAUCUGUACUAGAGAAUAAAUUACGCAUAUCUGAAGAAACACUACACAUGGAAUUGAAUCAACUAAGAAAAUUGAUUGUUUUAGUAUAA